AUGCAUCAGAACGAUGAAGAAGAACAAAGACGUGAGGAGGAAUGCCAAAAAACUCCCUUCACACAGUUAAACUUGGAUGAGUCUAUAAUAUUUUCGUUGCUUAUUCAAAAGUACCUUUUUUGUGCCAGAAUACAAGAAAAGGCCAUACCCCAUAUUGAGAAAAAUAGAAAUGUUCUUCUUCAUUCCGAAACAGGGAGUGGGAAAACCUUAUGUUUCGUUAUUCCCAUAUUACAAAAUUUUAUAAAAUCUAAAGUGGGCAAUAUACAAAGGGAGUAUUUGAACGCACAGAAUUAUAGGGAAGAUAGAGAAAAAGACGUAGAUAAUGAUAGUUUUUACAAUGAAGAUAGUAUGAAAUGCAUUUACAAACAUUUUGAAAAUGUAGAUGUAGAAAAGGGGUUUCCUCAUAUUGACAUAAAUGUGGAAAUGUUUAUUCAGUACAGCAAGAACAUUUUGGAAAGAAAAGAAAAUGGGGAUAAAAAAGAAAGUGGAAAAACAAAAGUAGGUAUAGGAGGAUGUAACAAAAAUGAACUUCAGAUAAGGAGAAAUAACCUAUACUACGAGAGAAUAAAAGACGACAUAAAAAAGGCUAUAUGUUGUAGUCAAAAUGAGAAUAAGAAAAAUCAAUUUAUACAUGUGAAUGGAAUUAUUGUUGCCCCUACGAGAGAAUUAUGCAUCCAAAUUUAUGAUGUAGUAAAGAAAUUUUUAUUCUUCAUAAGAUUAUAUUUUGGUAAAAAAUUCAACAUAAAUUUGAACGAAUUAGAUAAGGACAAUUUUUUUAUAAACACAUUAUUAUUUAGAGGUGCAAUCAAAAUUGACGAAGAUUUAAAAAUCAUAAAAAAUGAAAAAAAAAAAAAAAACAGAUAUCAAAUUAUUGUGGCAACUCCCGGGAAAUUAUCAACUCUGCUUAAUGAAUAUAAUUCCCAUUUUGAUACCAGUGAAUUAAAAUAUUUCAUACUAGAUGAAGGGGACAAAUUAUUGGAGGAAAGUUUUUUAAAUUAUGUGAAGGAAAUAGUUAGGAAUAUUGUCUCAAAGGAUUAUGCCACCUGUAUAUGCAGUGCUACAUGUCUUCACGAAGAGAAGUUUUACAAUUUAUUUUCUAAUAAGAAGAAAAAUUUCACAAAGUGUGUUAUCGGUGUUGAUAUAAGUAAUUCAAAAAAGUCUACAAAUAUUAUCAAGUUAAAUAAUAGCCCUUGUGAUAAGAAUGAAAUUGAUGACAACACUAAUGAAGAAAUAUGUGACGCAAGCAACACAUUCCAAUUGCCAACUAAAAUUGAGAACUAUUACAUCACGGUUAGAAAUAUAGAUAAGAGCUUUUUCCUUUUCAAAUUUGUAAACACAGUUGUGCAAGAGGGAGAAUCUGUAAUAAUAUUUUUCCCUACCUGCUUUUGUGUGGAUUAUUUUUUUCAUUUAUUCAAAAAUGUACUAAACACGGAGAAUAAAAGUGUAAGAGAAAUAUUUAACAAUGUUGUAAGUCUUAACAGUAGACAUAAAAAUAUAUACAACGAAUUUGAACUUGCUUUAUUUUGCAAGAUGAUUUGUUAUAUUCAUAAAUAUAUGGAUAAGAAGAAAUUUUCUCUUUUAAGAAUCCACAGAAAGAUGAAAGAUAAAAAAAGAAUAAGUGCAUAUAAAAAAAUAAAAGAAAAUAAGAAUAAACGGAGAAUAAAAAUUAUUUUGUGCACAGACAUUAUGAGCAGAGGAAUUAAUAUCGAUAUUCAUUGGGUCAUAAAUUAUGAUGUUGCAAAUAAAAAUAUGACUUAUAUUCAUAGGAGUGGUAGAACAGGCAGAUUUGAUAAAAGGGGGAAAAAUAUUAUUCUCUUAAACAAAAAAGAAAAAGAAUACAUAUACUUUUUGAAAAAUAAAAAAGUGAAUAUAACAAAUUUUAAAAAGACGCACAUGUUUCAAGGCAUGUUAAAAUAUGAAUCUCUUUUAGCUCAAAAUGAAAAUGUUUUGGAAGUACAAGCUUUGAAAAUGAUGAACAGAAAAAAAGAGGAUCUCAUAAAACCUAAUACUCUUAAUGUUUUUUCCUUCUAUCGAAAUGGUAAGGAAAAACAUGUACAAAACAAAGGAAUAAAAAAAAAAAAAAAAAAACUCAUCGGUUGUACUAACGGUAACUGUGGUAGUAGUAGUAGUACCCCCCACGCCCAAGGCGACGGCAAAGGGGAUAUAUCCAAAGUGUAUAAUUUGAAUAAAAGAAAGGAAAAUAUUAUUUUACUGAACAAUAUGGUGAACUUAUUUUUAAAGUUUAUAAUUUUUUUCAUCAUAGAGAAUAGAGAAAUAUAUCUACUCUCAACGAAGGCCUUUUUGUCCUACAUAGAAUUUUAUAAAAACCAUCAGUUAAAUUUUCUCUUUCCUUUUCACAAUUUAAAUUUGGCUCAUUUGUGUUACUCCUUUGCAUUGGUCAAGAUUCCUAAAUUUAAGGAAAAGAGCAACAUUAAAAAUUUCAAAAAAAUUAACCUGAAUACAUUUGACAUACCAUACAGGAAUGAACAAAAGGAGGAAGAACGACAGGCAGCAAUCAUAAAACGUUUGAAACGUUUGGGGAAUAAGGACAGUGAGGAAAUUAAGGAGCGUAUGAUGGAUCACAAUGCGAGAAAUGAAAGAAGCGGUACGAGCAAGACAAGCGAAACAGGCGAAACAGGCGAAACAGGUGAAACAGGCGAAACUCGGAGUCAUCACUCGUCCACUUAUCACCAGCCAAAGGUUCACAAACAAAAGCACGAGAAAAAAAAACAAAAAAAAAGAAAAACAAUUGUUCAAAAAAAACACGAAAAAAGAGACAUGGAGGAAAACGAAAUCGAGUCUUUAUUUUUUGAAGAAAAUUUAUAUAAAAAAUUAAAAAAAAAAAAAAUAACUAAAGAGGAGUAUGACAGAUUAUUGAACAUGGAAAAUGUGGACAAAUUAUUUACUGCAACACCCAAUAGGGGCAAAAACAAAACUGUUCACUAUAAAAACCAAGUAUCGUCAUCAAUAAGGAAAAAGAGUAAAAAAAAGCAAAAAUUGUAUAACGUGAAGGUGAAGAAAAGACGAAAGAGUGCUGGUAAACGGAGGUGA